GUCACCUGUGUGUCACACUGACAAUGACAAACAUUCCAAAAAUGUUCAGAUUUUUGACUUGUUUACUUUAAAUGACAUAAUCCGCUGUUCAGUUUGAUCGCAAAAUGAGUGAAUUUAUUGGACCUGUGACUCCUGAUGAGUUUUUGCCCAAGACAGCAGAACCCUCACUGAUUGGACCCUCGUUGCCCCCUGCAGUCAUUAAGUCAGACCCUGAGCCAAAUCCACUUCAAGACCCUGGUCCACAAACAUUUGGGCCUCAACUGCCUCCACAUCUACUUCAGAAGCAACUUAAAGAAACUGAUGAGCCACCCCCGAGUAAUCCUGAAAAAACCAUCGGGCCCAGUUUGCCGCCCCAUUUAAGGAGGCAACUAGAGCAACAGGCUCAGGAGGAGGAUGACGCUGAGGAAGAUGAAUCGUUUGGACCUCUACCUGCAGGUCACCUCAGCUACUCAGCUGCACAAAUAGCAUUAGAAGAACGAGCUCUGCAGAUGCAAAUCGAGAAACUGGCACCGGGGAAAAAUGAGCCUGUGAGAGAGUCGUGGAUGACUGAGCUGCCUGAAGCCAAAGCGGCUAAUUUUGGAUUAGGCCCUAGACAGUUCCGAAACCGUGCAGCUCCAGAUUUAUCCGAUAGAUCAUCUUGGACUGAUGUUGCGGGCAAGGAAGACAAGCAAAAAUCCAAAGAGAAGAAAAUUGACUUGAAAGCCGAGGCUGAGUUGAGAGAGUUGGAAAAGCGCGACAAGGAGUUGGAGUCAAUGUCGAAAAAACACAAAAGGAAAUCAAAGAGUUUGGUGGAUAUCCAUCAGGACAAAAUCAAGAAAAGUGAAAAGACGGAAGCCGUGGCGGAAAGGAAGCCAUUUAACCGGGAGGUUGAUUUACAAGUCAAUAAGUUUGAUGACGCACAAAAAAAGGCGAUUUUAAAGAAAGCUCAACUGUUGGACGAUAGAUUUUCAGCUGGAAAAGCAAAGUAUCUGUAAAAAUCAUUACAUUGUAGACACAAAAAUUUGAUUAACUAUUAAUGACGUAGUUCUUAAUUGUUCUUUUGUAGAAACGCGCACAUUCCCCAAUUUUCCUAAAAGCUUAGAACUAAGGCCCACACUGUAGAAUACAAUAAAAUCCCUUUAAUCCGAA